UACCGACCUUUUUCCGUUAUAAAGCUUCCAUAAUUCCACCACAUGAGGUCACGAAGAUCAAUUCGGAGUUAACUUAACCUAUCAUUCUUGCACAGCAUAAACAAUAAAUAUAUGGCAAGUCGUUAGAGAUCGAUUUAUUUGUUAAUAUAUCCAAGGUUGUAAAACAUAACAAAUAAUUAUAUUGGUUGAUUUAAAAAAUAAUACGAAGGACAAGUAGCUGAAAUUGUCAGGAGAAACUCAAUUUAACUAAUCUACGAAAGGAUGGCUGCUGAAGAAAAUUUUGAGCAGACAAAUAAACAAACAGAUGGCUGGACAAACGAACAGAUGGAUGAACGAACGGACGGCCAGAUCAACACUUUCGAGGAUGAAGAAGCAGAAAUUCCAAUUGGCGGAACUCUGCCCGGUGGAAGAAAACGUCUCUUCUCUAAGGAACUGCGCUGCAUGAUGUAUGGCUUCGGUGAUGAUCAGAAUCCUUAUACAGAAAGCGUUGACUUAUUAGAGGAUUUGGUUAUCGAAUUUAUAACGGAGAUGACACAUCGAGCCAUGGAGAUUGGACGCACGGGACGAGUUCAAGUGGAAGACAUUGUAUUUUUAGUGAGAAAGGAUGCUAGAAAAUAUGCUAGAGUGAAAGAUCUUUUAACAAUGAAUGAGGAACUUAAGAAAGCAAGAAAGGCUUUUGAUGAAGUUAAAUAUGCAGAAUAACGUCAUUGAGUCCCACACCUUGAUAAGAAGAACCGCACAGCGCCAGAGGAAUAUGGUGCGCGGAAAUGUAAUCGUGGAUGCGUUUUAUACGUGCGUUGUGACCCACGACGUGCUGCGGAAUACAGUCCUUCAGAACGGCAACGUUGUGCGCGACUGGUUCCUCCUCGAUUUGUAAGAUAUUCUUGGUGUGAUUAAUCGCCGUCGUUAACAGUUGCUCCUCCGACGGAUUCAGCCCAAAAUGUUUUUCGAACCACGCACCUCCCAUCAUUACCGUCAAUACCUAAGUCAUAUGUAUUAAUCACACAAUAUUUUGUACAUAAUUUAUUAUUGAAAAUAUUUUUUUACAUGUUGCAUAAUUUAUUCUUUUCACAGCUUUGUAUGUACAAAAAUAAAAAAUGCAUUAAAAAUGAAGAUUGAA